UUAACAUACGGUGUGAUAAUUCGUUGAACACACCCAAGAUGUUCCAAGAGCGUGCCUACCAGGAACACAGCUGCGAGAAAUAUAAGAAGAAAAUAUACGAAGCACAACAGUAUAUGCAUGACAUGAAGACUAAGUACACUUCUGAACUUCAAGGUUACAAGCUGAAGUUGGAAGAGGUGCAAAACAAGGUGGUGGAAAUGGAGGGCACGCUGCAUCAGAAAGAGGCUCAAGUCAACGAUCUCACUCGACGUUUCCGUAAUCAGCAGUAUAUGUUCAACGAACUCAAGAUGAAGUCAAACAAUCUGUCCGCAACAAGCCUAUCUAGGAAAGAUAAGGAAAAUGCCCCAGAUUUGGGAGCCGGUCCAACUACACGCCCAUCUCAGCCAUUGCCCCAAGCGAUGCCGGGCACGCCGAUGCAGCUAAUGUCCGCAAGAGGCAAUUCGUUGCCAGCUUCUCAGGUCAACAAUCUUAACAACAAGGCGCGCAUGCAGUCAUUUGCCAUAACUCCUGCAGCUCCCAAUCUGCCUUCGCGACCGCAAACACCUAGUCUGGGCCGAGCUUUGGCGGCGAGACGCGAGCAGAAGAAAACCAAUAGCAUGACUUAAAGCAGGGCAGAUACAACAAAACGUUGCAUAGUAUAACCAAAACAUUGCGGGGUCCUCAGGCAAAGCUAAAACUACACAUGUUCAGGAUUAGCGAUAGUUUGCGUGACUACAUAAUUUCUUGAAGAAGACGGAAACAGACAUUAAAACACAUAACCCCUGAAACAAAAAUCAUGAGGAUACGGGAGAACAGCGAUGCGUUGACCAUGUCUUUGUGACAAGAUACGGGCAGAAGGAGUUCCAGAAAG